AUGGCACAACAUUUCUCUAAAAAUCAAAAUACCAUUGAUCAUCACCAUUCUCAGAAUGUGGAUAUCUCAUUAUCUAAUCAAAAAGAAAGUCAACAAUUACCUACUACAUCUUUGCCAUCUACUAACUUUACAACAGAACGUUCAGUAGAAUUACGAAAAAAUUCAAAUAAUGAAUCAGAAAAAGUCGAUUCACAUUUAUCUAAAAAGUCUGUAACUAUUACUGGGUGUAAUUCUAAGUCAAGCCAAUAUGAAUCUACACAGAUAGCUACAAAUAAAAUUUGUCAAUAUCAACGUGAUCGAUACAUAAAAUAUUGUCAUCGUUUCAAAGCAAAUCGACUCUAUUCCUUAUUCAUUUCAUCGAAUGGUAUUGAGUGUUAUGAAACAAAUUGUCAGCCAUCUGUAUUUACUGCAUCAAUUCGAUGUCAAACAAUAUCACAUGAUAAAAAUAUUGAUGCUAUCGAAGAAACACCUUUAAUGAACGACCAAGAUAUUAAACAAACUAUUUCCUAUAUAUCUUUAACUAAUUUAUCAAAUAUAAUUGAUCAUGAACCGAAUGUAUCCAGAAACGAGUCUAAUUCACGAUCAACAAGUAAUAUUUUACUGCAUAAGCCAUCAUUAUUUCUUGCUGAUAUUUUAAACAAAAUGACACAAGAACAACUUGUUAAAUCUAUUGCUCAAUUGACUAAAUUGCAUGAACAUCGUACAAAAUCGAAUAUUACUCUUGAUAAACUGCAAAGAACUACAUCACUUCCGGAUUUAAGUAAUAAACCAACAAAAUUACAUAGUGUUACUUCGCUAUUAUCUGAGCGAACACCAGAAAACAUAAUUCAAAUAGAAAAUAAAAUUCCAUCAAUAUAUCUGAGUAAACAAAAGCAUAUCAAGGAAGAUAUGAUUUCAAUACCUAUCGAUUUAGAGACAUCAAGAGAUAAAUGUAGUACUGAUAUUAAUGAAAAGACAAUAUUAACUGUUGUUGGUGGAAAAUUUCAAACGCCGAUGUAUGUUUCAGAACCAUUAGAUCAACAUAUCAUUUCAAGUCCUACAAAGCUAAUAUCAGUUCCAAAACGUAAAUUAUCACAAGAAAAUUUACAAACCAUUCAUAUUAAUGAUCCACCAGGAACUACUUCUGCUAUGUCGUCACCCAUUGUACAUCCACUUAUAAUAAAGCCAUCUUCAAUUUCAACUGAAUCAAGUAAAUCUAAUAUCGGUACUAAUGUUGAAAAAGAAAAAAUAAGUCGAAAUAAAUAUUUUUAUGAAAUAGAGUUUAAUGAACAAGUAUCGAAAUCAAAAUAUAAACCUUCUAAUACAUCGAAAAUAGAACAAAAUAAUGUCGAAUUUUCGAUUUUAUCAAAUCGCAUAGACAUAACAACAUGUGCUUCAUCAUUGAAUUCUAUGACGAAUUCAGUACCUAUUAAAAAUCAACAAUUCGAUAAAGAAACGAAAUCAGAAAUAAUAUCAAAGGAAAAGAAUCAUCAACUCAGUCAAGAGACAAAUCUUGAAAAUAAUGAAGAUUUAUUUUCAAAAUCUAAUAUGAAACAAAAUCUACAUGAGUUAUAUUCGAAAAAUAAUAUGAAUCAAUCAUUGAAAAACUUUUCGUCAUGCAAUAAAAUAACAGAUCACCCUUCUCAGACAAAUAUAUUAUUAUCAUCAUCAAUACCAAUCGAAGAAAAACUGAUUUCAUCAUCAGUAUAUUUUCAAUCGUCAAAUAACAAAAAUGAAAUUGAACAUAGUAUGAGUAAUGUAACUGAUCAUCUUUCUCAACAACAUAUCAACAUAUCGAAUACAAAUACUGAUAAUUCAUACAACAUCUCUUCUACACAACCUUACAAAACAAAACGAAUAUUACCAUUUAUGAAAAAACUUGAUCAACUUUUUCAAUAUUCAAAAUCAUCUGUAAUUGAACCAUCCAAAACAUCAAAUUUUGUCCGUAACUAUGGAUGGGAUGAAAUCGAGCAAAAUGAAGAAGAAACAAAACGGUUACGUCAAUUAGUCUCGAUUUGGGAUGCUGAACGAAUAGCUAUAUUAAAACUUCAAUAUGAUCUAGAUAAGAAUAUUUUUAAACGUACAUUUGAUUAUGUUAAACGAAUAGGUCAAAGUAUUAGAUUAGCUCUUUGGCUAUGGGUUCAUCGUCCAAUUAAUUGUUCAAAUAUUUCUAAUCUAUAUCAAAACGAACAACAACAAUCUCUAUUUCCUGUUACGAAUGUUCACAAGUCACAAAAUUUUGCUUGUUCACCAUGUUCAGAAUCAUCAAGUUAUCCUUUAUCAGAGAAUAUUGAUGAUCAAGAAAAACAAGAUUUUUCCAUACCAUCGUUCGAUAUGUUAGCCGAUUCACUUUGGUAUCAACGUUUUGUUUUGAAUGAAUCGCAAGAACAUUUACCUCCGAUAGCUAGAGCUAUGAAGAAUAUGCUCGACAAUAACACAUUUGUUUGGAAUUCUGAAAGUCAAGAAGAAAAUGUUUGGCCACAUUUUAUAAAUCAGUAUAGAGUGACACAAAAUAAAAUAUUCCUAGGCAAUCAAUAUGAAAACGAUGAAUUUCAAUCAUCUUCAUCUCAAAAGCCAUCAUUACCACUCAAAUAUGCAACGAAUGAAAUAGAGCCAAACACGAAUGUAACAGACACUGAUACAAAAAAUAAAAACAAAACAGAUCGACAUUCGCCUAAAGAAACGAAUACUUCAAUAGAACAGAAUACGACUAAUAUUUCAUCAUCAACAGACAGUCAACAUCUUCUAAAACCAGCUGAUUUCUCAUUGAAGAAAGACAAAAGAAGUUCAACCAGAAAACAGCAGCAAAAGUUAAAGGAAAAACGUUAG